GCAAUGUGCAUGUAAUUGUGAUGGACGCUGUAUGAGAGAGGAAUAACAUCGUGGGAGAGACAAAAAGGUGGGAUCAGCCAGUGGCGGCUUCCUGCAUGCAUGAUUAAUUUGCAGUCUGGACGAGGAGGGGUGAACAUCUCAUGCACUGACUGCAGCUGGGAGGGACUCGUCCGCCUGUGAGUGCUUUGGGACAGGAGUGGGGCCCACAGCAGCACCCGCUGCUCAUUGAGAAGAGUAAGAACGAUAUGUGCUUUCACGUCAGUCUCCAAAAGGCUCCGAUAACACCAGAAAAUGUCGCUAGAUUUGUCGCUCGUCGCUUUUUUGAAAAUGUGUCGCUAGAGGGGUCUGAAUACUCCCUAAAUAUAGCGACAAAGUAGCUAAGUUGGCAACACUGGUGCUGGGGGCAUAGACCAACUGAAACUGAAGUCCCGGGAAUUAAGGCUGCUGAUAGGCUGAACGAGAAUUGAUGGUCUUCUGAAUAGAAGACUAAGCUUCCAGACUAGAGGUAACCCUAAAGGAUGGCUAGAAUCAGCUGACUGAACAACAGGGGCUUCAAAGAUAGGUGUUGCUCCUAACCCAAGGAAGAAGGCUUGGCAUCAGAACAAGCUGUACUAUCAGAGGGACACUCAAGUGGGCCAAGGCUCCUUUCAGGGCAAAGUAGUACUAUUCUCUGAUUCAUUACGGGACUUAAUAGAGACGGGUGCAUAAGGACUCUGCAGACAUGGCAGAGUUAGAGACAGAGUGCAUCACGCUAGGACUUGACACGCUGCAUGCAUCAGAGUGUGGCUCACCGCCACUGGAUCCACUUCGGCCUGAGUGCACCUCACCAACCCUCCACCUGCUCUCGUCUGACUGCAGCACGCUUGGCACGCUGGCAGCAGAGAUUGCAGAGCCCAUGGUCAUGCUGCCUUGUGUGAAGACUGAGCCUGCAGACGACCUGGACCCCAUCCACACCGUGGACCUAUCAGAGAUCCAGCCAUUGAGCACAGCGGAGCUGGGCCACGAACAGAUCAAGAUGGAGAUCAGUGGGUUGGACUACAUCAAGUCUGAGCACCACGUCCAUGACCUCCACUGCUUCCACAGCUCUGAGUACGAGAGCGACUCGUAUUGUAUGAAGUCUCACUACGAGCCCAGCCUGGUGUUUGACUACAUCACCCACGUGUCCGACAGCCUGGACUACAUCAGGUCGGAACAGCAUGCCGACCUACAGUGUUAUUACACCACCGAGCUCGGGGCCAUCAAGACUGAGUACGAGCCCAACCUGAUGUCCAACCACAUCAAGACAGAGAUGAGCCUGGAGUCCAUCCACAUGGCCGAGCUCCGGACCGAGCUAAACAAGCUCAGCCAUGACGGGGUCAUGGAAGGCCAUAGACUGGACAACGAGUUCCCUGGCGCAGGAGGCCUCUACGAGCUGCAGUCCACCCAUGCUGGGAAAGGCCCAGGCCACACAAGCCCGAAAGGGCAUAGCACAACCCCACGCAAACCUCGUAACCUCAGUGGUGAGAAGCCUUUCUCUUGCACCCAGUGUGGGAAGAAUUUCAGCACUCUGGGGAACCUCAAAACACACCAGCGUAUUCAUACAGGAGAGAGGCCAUAUACCUGCUCGCAGUGCGGCAAGAGUUUCGGCCAGGCAGGGAACCUGAAGAGGCACCAGCUCAUUCACACUGGUCAGAAACCCUACGUCUGUGCCCACUGCCCCAAGGGCUUCACCAAAGCAGAUGACCUCCGCUCACACCAGCGUCUACACACCGGUGAGAAGCCCUUCUGUUGCCUUCAGUGUGGGAAGAGCUUCAGUCAGUCCAAGGAGCUCAAAGCCCACCAGCUAAGCCACACCGGAGAGAGGCCUUUCUGCUGCCAGCACUGUGGGAAGAGCUUCACCAAGGAAAUGAGCUACCACAACCACCUGCAGAUUCAUACUGGCGAGAAACCGUACUGCUGCUCUCAGUGCGGUAAGACAUUCAGCAACUCGGGGGUCCUCAAAACACACGAGAAGAUACAUUCCGGGGUGAGGCCAUUCGGCUGCACACAGUGCGGUAAGAGCUUUGGCCGUUUGGGACAUCUAAAAGCACACCAGCAAAUCCACACUGGGGAGCGACCUUUCGCCUGCCUCCAGUGUGGGAAGAACUUCAGCCAGUCAGGCCAUCUCAAAGCACAUGAGCAAAUUCACAAAAGAGAGAGAUCAGACAUGAGCAGCUCCAGCAGCAGUGGUGGUAGCAGCAGCCGCAGUACUGAUAGUAGCUAAAUACCUUUAACCUCUUCAAAGUAUUAUUCCUUUUUUUAAAUAUAAAUACUAUAUAUAUGUUUUUCCUUACACUUUUCUUACGUUUUUCAUACAUUUUGUGCUUAUUGUGUUAUGUUCUUUGGGGGUCAACUUGACUGAUUUGCUAUUAUGCAAAUGUCUAUGUUGGGAUCAGUGAAGUUACUGAGGGACUUAUAGAAAACUUUGUAUCUUGUCUGAUCUGUGUUGUAGUGAGUGCCAUUCCAGUUUCUUUCCUCCAGAAAAAUCACUCAUUGUGUACAACCUUAUUGAUAACAUGUAAUUCCUAAACCAUGUACUGGAAUUCAUUAUUAAAGAAACUAAUGCAAC